AUGCACACAGAUGGAGCCUCUAAUUCCCAAGGAGCUGGGAUCGACAUCGUAUUGGAGGCACCCUCUGGAUUACAAGUUGAGGAGGCCAUACGGUUGGAGCAACACGCCACAAAUAAUGAAGUCGAAUAUGAAGCUCUGAUCUUUGGUCUAGAAUUGGCACGAAGCAUGGGCAUCAGGCGACUGAGAGUUAGAGGGGAUUCGAAGCUAAUGAUAGAGCAGGUGGCCGGCAACUUCGACACCAAGGCACCCCAUCUGACCAACCUGUUGGAAAAAGUAUAUGCAUUAAAGUCACAAUUCCAACAAUUUGAGCUCGUACAAAUACCAAGGGAACUGAAUCAGAGGGCCGAUGCCCUCGCAAAGCAAGCCUCUGUGGGAGAAUGUUCUCGACACCCAGUGAUUUCUACAAGUCAUACACCAGAAGCUAUGACAAUUUUUUCCAUCUCGCCAGAACCAGAAUGUUGGAUGGAUCUAAUUAUCCGCUACCUGACUAAGUCUGAACUACCACCCAAUGCAAAAGACGCCAAGCUUCUACGCCUUAAAGCCCAAUGCUACUCCAUUAUCCAUGGAACGUUGUACCAAAGAUCCUUUAACGGCCCCUAUCUUCGAUGCUUAUGUCCCUCAGAAGCUAAAAAAUUAUUAGAGGAGAGCCACGAAGGAGCAUGUGGGAACCACACAGGGGGAUGGAGCUUGGCACACAAAGAACUCACAACAGGAUAUUACUGGCCAUACAUGAUGACAGAAGCACGUGACUAUGCAAGGAAAUGUGACAGAUGCAAGCGAUUUGCACCUACCAUCCAUCAACCCGCUCAAAUCCUACAUUCCACUAUCUCCCCUUGGCCCUUUGCAAAGUGGGGGAUGGAGGUGGUUGGAGAAUUUCCCAGAGCCACUGGAGGAAAACAGUACGCCUUGUUAGCUACUGAUUACUUCACUAAAUGGGUCGUAUUAGAGGCCUACGUCACAGUCAGCAAAACGAACACCAUGAGCUUCAUAUGGAAACACAUCAUCUGUCAAUUUGGGAUCCCAUGGGAAAUAGUCGUAGAUAGCGGAACCCCAUUCCAAAAUGCCAAAUUACAAGAACUGUGCGACACCUACAAAAUAAAGUUAAGUUUUGCUUCUAUCACCUAUCCCCAAGGCAACACCCAAGCAGAGGUUUCUAACAAACUCAUUUUUGCCAACAUCAAGAAAAACUUGGAAGAUAAAAAAGGCACAUGGGUAGACGAGUUACCAAAGGUACUAUGGGCAUACAGAAUGACGAAAAGAACCUCUACAGGUGAGUCGCCUUACGCCAUGGUGUAUGGAACAGAAGCAAUCAUCCCUACAGAGGUGGGCCUGCCUACACUUUGGAUGGAAAUCGCGUCUGAUCUGACUGCGAACAACGUACAGCUAACACACAACCUCAACUUCUUGGAUGAGUUACGCACAAUAGCACAGAUAAGACACGAGAAAUAUCAAAAGGCAGUAGAACGUUAUUACAAUAAGUGGGUCAACUCACGAACGUUUAAUAAAGGAGAUUGGGUCCUGUGUAAAUCCACUGGCAAUUCAAAGAAGCUGGAGCCAAAUUGGGACAGACCCUUCGAAGUAACAAAAGCACUAGGGCGAGGGUCUUACACUCUCAAAAAUAUACACAGUGGCAAAAAUGCACCACGUACUUGGAAUUCAAUGUCCCUGAAAUAA